CACCAGCUCGAGGCCCUGGAAGCUGUUUUCGCUCAAACCCACUACCCCGAUGUGUUCACUAGGGAAGAGCUGGCUAUGAAAAUCAACCUCACGGAAGCCAGGGUGCAGGUGUGGUUCCAAAACCGGAGAGCUAAAUGGAGAAAAACAGAGAGGGGUGCUUCAGACCAAGAGGGCUCUAAGGAGACAAUGCCUGAGGUGGCACCUCCUGCAAGGAAUUUAAAUUCCCCUUCUCCAGCAGAUCAAACCAGGAAUAAAAAAGAGAGUCUGGAGAUCCAGCAGAGCCUGAGUCGAGCAGUGGGUCCUACAGGACCUUUCUUCCCUUCCUGCCUGCCGGGGACUCUUCUCAACACAGCCACCUACGCACAAGCUUUAUCCCAUGUCGCCUCUCUAAAAG